GACACCAUGCGGCCCCCGAGUCCCAGGCCAGCUCCUGUCCUCCUAGGCCCGAUGCUUCUGCUGCUUCUCCUGCUGCUGCCGGCGCCUGCCACCUCCACCCUGCUCAUCACACCCCCAGGGCCGGAGCUCGUCCUCAACUUCUCCAGCACCCUGGUCCUGACCUGCGUGGGGUCGGCCCCCGUGGUGUGGGAACGGAUGUCCCAAGUGCCGCAGCAGGAAACGGCCCAGACCCAGAACGCCACCUUCUCCAGCCGGCUGACGCUGGCCAACGUCACCGGGCUGGACACGGGAGAAUACUUCUGCGUCUCCAAAGGCUCCGGGGGACCAGAGUCGGGGGAGCGCACGCGGCUCUAUGUCUUCGUGCCAGAUCCCACCGUGGGCUUCCUCCCCGCCACCGCCGAGGAGCUCUUCAUCUUCCUCACGGAAGUAACAGAGAAUACCACCAUUCCGUGCCGGGUGACGGACCCCACGCUGGUAGUGACGCUGCACGAGAAGAAAGUGGACGUGCCGCUGCCUGUCCCUUAUGAUCACCAACGCGGCUUCACCGGCAGCUUUGAGGACAAGAGCUACAUUUGCAAGACCACCAUCGGCGACAAGGAGGUGGACUCGGAGCCAUACUAUGUCUACAGCCUCCAGGUGUCAUCCAUCAACGUGUCCGUGAAUGCAGUGCAGACCGUGGUCCGCCAGGGCGAGAACAUCACCAUCAUGUGCAUUGUGACGGGGAAUGAGGUGGUCAACUUUGAGUGGACAUAUCCCCGUCUGGAGAGUGGACGGGUGGUGGAGCCCGUGACCGACUUCCUCUUCAACACACCCUCCCACAUCCGCUCCAUCCUCAACAUCCCCAACGCUGAGCUGGGAGACUCGGGGACCUACAUCUGCAACGUGUCUGAGAGUGUGAACGACCACCGCGAUGAAAAGGACGUCAACAUCACCGUGGUGGAGAGCGGCUACGUGCGGCUGCUGCAGGAGCUGGACACUGUCCAAUUCGCCGAGCUGCAUCGCAGCCGCAGCCUACAGGUGGUGUUUGAGUCCUACCCACCGCCCACCGUCGUGUGGUUCAAGGACAACCGCACCCUGGGAGACUCCAGCGCCGGCGAGAUCGUGCUGUCCACACGCAAUGUAUCUGAGACCCGGUAUGUAUCAGAACUGACCUUGGUGCGGGUGAAGGUGGCCGAGGCUGGUCGCUACACCAUGCGGGCCUUCCACGAGGACGCAGAGGCCCAGCUGUCUUUUCUGCUGCAGGUGAACGUGCCCGUGCGAGUGCUGGAGCUGAGUGAGAGUCACCCAGCCAGCGGGGAGCAGACGGUGCGCUGUCGAGGCCGGGGCAUGCCCCAGCCGCACCUGACCUGGUCUACCUGCAGCGACCUCAAGAGGUGUCCGCGCGAGCUGCCGCCCACGCUGCUGGCCAACCUUUCUGAGGCCGAGAGCCAGCUGGAGACGAAUGUGACGUACCAGGCGGAGGAGAAGGAGUUCGAGGUUGUGAGCACCCUGCGCCUGGCCCGCGUGGACCGGCCGCUGGCCGUGCGCUGCACGCUGCGCAAUCUGCUGGGCCAGGACAUGCAGGAGGUCACGGUGGUGCCACAUGCUCUGCCCUUCAAGGUGGUUGUGAUCUCAGCCAUCCUGGCCUUGGUGGUCCUCACGGUCGUCUCCCUCAUCAUCCUCAUCAUGCUCUGGCAGAAGAAGCCGCGCUACGAGAUCCGCUGGAAGGUGAUUGAGUCCGUGAGCUCCGACGGCCAUGAGUACAUCUACGUGGACCCCAUGCAGCUGCCUUACGACUCAACCUGGGAGCUGCCAAGGGACCAGCUUGUGCUGGGACGCACCCUGGGCUCUGGCGCCUUCGGGCAGGUGGUGGAGGCCACAGCUCACGGCCUGAGUCACUCGCAGGCCACCAUGAAAGUGGCCGUCAAGAUGCUGAAAUCCACCGCGCGCAGCAGCGAGAAGCAGGCACUUAUGUCAGAGCUGAAGAUCAUGAGUCACCUGGGGCCGCACCUGAACGUGGUCAACCUGCUGGGAGCCUGCACCAAAGGAGGGCCCAUCUACAUCAUCACCGAGUACUGCCGCUACGGGGACCUGGUGGAUUACCUGCACCGUAACAAGCACACCUUCCUGCAGCUCCGCUCUGACAAGCGGCCCUCGCUCAGCAGCCAGCUCUACACCAAUGCCCUGCCCAGCCCCGUGUCCCUGCCUGGGGAGAGUGAUGGGGGCUACAUGGACAUGAGCAAGGACGAGUCGGUGGACUACGUGCCCAUGCUGGACAUGAAAGGGGACGUCAGAUAUGCCGACAUCGAGUCCUCCCCCUACCUGGCGCCUUACGACAACUACGUCCCCUCCGCUCCCGAGAGGACCUACCGGGCCACCUUGAUCAACGACUCCCCCAUGCUCAGCUACACAGACCUCGUGGGCUUCAGCUACCAGGUGGCCAAUGGCAUGGAGUUCCUGGCCUCCAAGAACUGUGUCCACCGAGAUCUGGCAGCGAGGAACGUGCUCAUCUGCGAGGGCAAGCUGGUGAAGAUCUGUGACUUCGGCCUGGCCCGAGACAUCAUGCGAGACUCCAACUACAUCUCCAAAGGCAGCACCUUCCUGCCUCUCAAGUGGAUGGCGCCCGAGAGCAUCUUCAACAGCCUCUACACCACCCUGAGUGACGUGUGGUCCUUUGGGAUUCUGCUCUGGGAGAUCUUCACGCUGGGUGGCACACCUUACCCGGAGUUGCCAAUGAACGAGCAGUUCUACAAUGCCAUCAAGCGGGGCUACCGCAUGGCCCAGCCUGCGCACGCCUCCGAUGAGAUCUAUGAGAUCAUGCAGAAGUGCUGGGAAGAGAAGUUUGAGAUCCGGCCCCCCUUCUCACAGCUGGUGCUCCUGCUUGAGCGGCUCCUGGGCGAGGGCUAUAAGAAGAAGUACCAGCAGGUGGAUGAGGAGUUCCUGAGAAGCGACCACCCAGCUGUCCUUCGCUCCCAAGCCCGCCUGCCCGGCUUCCACGGCUCCCGCUCCCCCCUGGGCACCAGCUCUGUGCUUUACACGGCCGUGCAGCCCAACACAGGCGACAGCGACUACAUCAUCCCGCUGCCCGACCCCAAGCCUGAGGUCGCUGAAGAGGGGCCCCUGGAGGGCUCCCCCAGCCUUGCCAGCUCCACCCUGAACGAAGUGAAUACGUCCUCGACCAUUUCCUGUGAUAGCCCCCUGGAGCCCCAGGAGGAGCCGGAAGCAGACCCCCAGCCUCAAGGAGAGCCCCAGGCCCAGCCGGAGCGGCAGCCGGAGGCCAGCUGUCCCGCUUGGCAGGCCGAGGGGGAGGACAGCUUCCUGUAGGGGCUGGCCCCUCCCCUCCCUCCAGCAGCUCCCCUCUACCUCCCAGCACCUCCUGGCCCGGCCUGGCUGGCACCCACCAGCUCUCCCCGUCCUGGGAAGUCCCAGUCGUGUCACUCCCCAAUUCCUGGGGUGGACUUUGGCGGUAAUAGAACCGCCGGGGCCAUCAGCAGCCUUCUGCCUCUGGAGAGACUUCGUGACUCCGAGCCAGGGUUCUCCUGGGACUCAGUUUGCCCAUCUGUAAGAUGGGGACGUUGGGAUUCUCUGCCUCAUUGAUGGAUUUGAGUCCUGGGAAGAUGCGGGACGGAGGUUGGGGAGUUGGGAUGGAGCCCUCUUCUGUUCAGCUGGCUACUCCUCAGAGGACUGCAGCUCUUCCUCGCACUUUCAGCUUCCUGGGAGCUGGAAAGGCUCUUAGCCACAGUUGGCCGUGGAGCCGGGGCCCGACAGUGUCUUCUUUCCCAGCAGUCGCGCCCCCUGGAUUCCUGUCUCCGCUUUCUCAGCCCAGGCUGGUCUGGGACCUCCCUGCUGACCUCCGCAGGCAACUGAACAAGCAUACAGCUCCAGCUUCCAGCCACGGGCCACAGGUGCUUGGGCUGGGCCUUGCCUGAUAAGUGCCUGCGACCAUACCUGCAGUGCGAGGCCACUUUCCUCAUCACUGCGAGUCUCACACCCCUGCCAGGAGUGCCAGGAUUUGCUGACACACUUUCACGAAGUGUCCACUGGGGUGGGCGAUGCGUGCCACGGCGCCCCCGAGAGGCUCACCUCAGCGGUGCCAGAACCUCACGCCUACUCUGGACCCAUCUUGUUGAAAAACAAGUGGUCUGAACUUCACUGACUGCCAGUGCCCUGUCAGCACUAACGUUCCAGAAUUUUCCAGACGAUGUACAUUUGCUUACAUGACCAAACACUCCAAACCCCGUUCAGGGUGGGGUGUGUGUGAGUGUGUAUGUGUGUUUGUGUGUGUAUGGUGUGUGUCAGUGGGCAUCUGGAAAGACGCCAGGCCACGAGGCACACCCCGGCCCUUCGGGAACUGCACCACUUCCCCAGCCACUGCAUGAGUCCCGGCGCACCAGGCUCUGAUGUGAAGUCACAACCCACGUCCUAGAAAGCCCCCACAGCUGCCCCUGGGUCUCAGAGACACAGACCCCUCGUCACCCACAGUGACCUUUCGCUUUCCUGGGCCGAGGAAGUGGCCUGUUCUGAGUGGAUAGCUGCUCGCAGCCCAGCUGGUCCCGCUGGCCAUCGGAUCUGUGCCACAGACCCCUCAGGUAGUGGGGGUCCCCCUAAAGGACGUGAAACCAUGGAUGGGCAGCCAGAGAACAGACGUGGACUCUGGAGGUAGACUUCCAGGGCCCCUUCCUCACUGGCCAGGCCUGCUCACCUCACUGUCUCAGCUGGCGGCAGCCCAGUCCAGUGGACAAAGGAGAUGCCAGGCCAGGGACGGUGGCCCCAACCCUGGCGGGACACUGUGCUGGGGGCCACCAGCCUGACUGGGGCUCGCACCGGAGGGCAGGGGGCUCACUGAGGUACCAAAGAUGUAAUCUAGAUUUCCCAGCAUUUUAGGGCCAUAUUAACUCGACUGUAUACAACCUUCAUACUGUUUUAUGUGCUGUCAUAGUUCCUGUAUGUAUACUUUUCUAAGGGAGAAAGAUUUUAAUAUUAAACAUGGUGCUUACCAUU